GUAAAAAUCCAUUUAUGAAGGGUACAGGACUCCUUUACAAGGAUAUAUGGGAUGAUAUACUGAUAGAAUUUAGGAGAAGAUAAUUAUUUUGGAGGGCUCUCAAUCACAAGCUGUCUGGAUGUACUUAUUUCUAUUAAAUGUGGACUAAAUUUGACUUACUAUGUUCAGGAAAAUACAUUCAGUGUUUCACCCAAAUUCCUGCAGUCGAGACCUGACUGAGGGAAACUCAUCGUACAAUGGAACACUUUCCCCAGUGCGACUGGUGCGCAGCACUUCUAUGUAUGAGGUUGGUGGUGGGAGGCCAACCUUCAGCGAGUCUUUAAAGAAGUACAAAAGUACCACCAAUAUAGACUCUUCUGGUUGCCACUACAAGGAUGAAGAUACGGCAUGGUUGUUUGCCAAGACUCAGGAUUUCUUGCAGUAUCUUCAGGACCUGUUAGCACUCAGGAAAAAAUAUCUAAGCAGCCUCCACAACCUGAGGUCCGUCACGGAUUAUUCCCCCAUAUCCAGCAAGUCUUCCAAAGGAGAGAAAAGGGCACUACCCCCUUCAUCGGGAAACUGUAAGGUUUCAAAGGAAAACACGAGGCAACACCUGAAUUGUGAAAUUUUAGAUGCGAUUGCUUAUUUCGAUGCUGUUAUUGCGGAACUGGAUUCAGAGAGAAGAAUCAGAGCACCAAUACCAGAUUUUAAGAAUGAAGAUGUUGACUUUGAUGUGGCCACCAGUAGCAGAGAACAUAGUUUACAUUCAAACUGGAUCCUUCGAGCACCGAGGAGGAGCAAUGAGGAGAUCUGCACAGCAGCCGUGGUUCAGUAUCAGACGUGGAGAACGGGCAAGGGGACCACAAGCGUCAAGAGAAUAGAGAGACAUCCCAUCUAUUUACCAAAAGCUGUGGAAGGGGCAUUUAACACACUGAAAUUCAAACCUAAUUCCAAGUCAAAAUAAUAAAAGACUUCACGUAUAGAAUAAUGGACUGCGAUGGGGAAAA